AUGUCCUUCCGUGGCGGUCGAGGCGGUGCCCGCGGUGGCGGUGGUGCGCGUGGCGGUGGUCGUGGCUUCGGCGGUCGCGGCGGUGGCCGUGGCUUCGGCGGCGGCCGUGGCGGCUACGACGAAGGCCCUCCGGCGACGGUCGUCGAGCUCGGUAUCUUCAUCCACGCGUGCGAAGACGAAAUGGUCUACAAGUCGACGAACGACAAGGUCCCGUACUUCAACGCCGGCACGUACCUCGAGAACAAGACCAAGAUUGGCAAGGUCGACGAAAUCCUCGGCGCGAUCAACGACGUCAUGUUCACGGUCAAGCCCGAUGCCGGUGUCUCGGCCAAGUCGUUCAAGGCCGGCGACAAAGUGUACAUUAGCCCCGACAAAUUGCUCCCGCUCUCGCGGUUCACCGACCAGGGCAAGCCCUCGGGCGGCCGUGGUGCGGCUGGCGGUCGCGGUGGCCGUGGCGCUGGUGGUCGCGGCGGUGGUCGUGGCGGUGGCCGUGGCGGCAGCUUCGGCGGUGGUCGCGGCGGCGGUCGUGGCUUCGGCGGCGGUCGCGGCGGUGGUGGUCGUGGCUUCAGCGGCGGUCGUGGCGGUGGCCGUGGCGGCGGUCGCGGUGGUCGAUUCUAA